ACCUAAACACAGGUGCCCCCUGUCCUGCGUCUGCUCCUUCAAAGAGGGGGAAAGACCGGAGGAUUGGGGCAGCGAAGAAAGGGUGGAGAAGAAGCAAUCCUUACAAAUUACCCUCUGUGAUCAGAUCCUUCCUUCUCCUGGGCGUUGGGGAUUCUCUGGUUUCACGUAUACUGCUUCUGUUAACGAAGGUUAAUUGUCUUUGGAAAAGAAAGAGUUGUUUCUCUUUAGCAUUGAGUCUUCAAUGGCAGUUGCAGAGGUAGAGCGCAUGACUGGCCUUCAGAAAAGCAAAUUGAGUUCAGAAACUGAUAUGGAUCAUGUAUCUUCAGAGGAAUCAACUAAAAUGGUUAAACAUGGUGAAGGCCUUCGGCAAUAUUAUCUUCAACAUAUCCACGAUCUUCAACUUCAGGUCCGUCAGAAAACCCACAACCUCAAUCGGUUGGAAGCUCAGAGAAACGAACUCAACUCUCGAGUGAGAAUGCUAAGAGAAGAGUUGCAGCUUCUUCAGGAACCUGGAUCCUAUGUUGGUGAAGUCGUCAAGGUCAUGGGAAAGUCAAAGGUUUUGGUUAAGGUGCAUCCAGAAGGGAAAUACGUUGUUGACAUUGAUAAGAACAUUGACAUCACAAAAAUUACACCUUCAACAAGAGUUGCACUUCGUAAUGAUAGUUAUGUUCUCCAUUUGAUUUUACCAAGCAAAGUAGAUCCUCUGGUUAACCUUAUGAAAGUUGAAAAGGUUCCUGAUUCUACUUAUGAUAUGAUUGGUGGGCUUGAUCAGCAAAUAAAGGAAAUUAAAGAGGUUAUUGAGCUGCCUAUCAAGCAUCCUGAAUUAUUUGAGAGUCUUGGAAUAGCUCAGCCUAAGGGUGUCUUACUUUAUGGGCCGCCUGGUACUGGAAAGACUCUUCUUGCAAGAGCAGUUGCACAUCAUACGGAUUGCACUUUCAUCAGGGUUUCUGGUUCAGAGUUGGUUCAGAAAUACAUUGGAGAGGGAUCCAGAAUGGUUCGUGAACUUUUUGUUAUGGCCAGGGAGCAUGCUCCUUCCAUUAUUUUCAUGGAUGAGAUUGAUAGCAUUGGAUCUGCAAGAAUGGAGUCUGGUACUGGGAAUGGGGACAGUGAAGUUCAACGCACCAUGCUUGAGCUUCUUAAUCAACUGGAUGGAUUUGAAGCAUCAAAUAAGAUCAAGGUUUUAAUGGCUACCAAUCGGAUUGACAUCCUUGAUCAAGCUCUGCUACGGCCUGGACGUAUUGACAGAAAGAUUGAGUUUCCAAAUCCAAAUGAAGAGUCUCGCUUCGACAUCUUAAAAAUCCACUCUCGGAAAAUGAACCUCAUGCGUGGGAUUGACCUAAAGAAAAUAGCUGAGAAGAUGAAUGGUGCAUCCGGUGCCGAACUCAAGGCUGUGUGCACAGAGGCAGGUAUGUUUGCACUCAGGGAGCGGAGAGUUCAUGUUACACAGGAGGAUUUUGAGAUGGCAGUGGCCAAGGUUAUGAAGAAGGAAACGGAGAAGAACAUGUCUUUGAGGAAGUUGUGGAAGUAAAUUGUUUGGAAAGGUUUCAAUGAUAGUAGCGAUCUUCAAACUAAAGAUUUUUCAUCUGUUUUGGUUUCUGUACUUAGCUAUUGUUUACGGUGUUGAUUGUAACAAAUGCAACUGCUUGGAUAUUUAGGUAAACCGAGUGGAAAGCAUUCUGAAAGCCGAUACAAUUGAAUCUAAAAUCACUGGGCUGAAGUGUCCCAACAAAAGCUCUCAUGUGCACCAUACCAUUUUUCUGAG